UGAUUAGCGUCGAGGUUGCAACCGGCGGUCUAAACACGACUUUGGGCUGGGGAAUGUUUUUAGUUUUUUAAAAUAUUUGUCUCGUACAGUCACUCAGUUACAUUGAAAGCCGUCUUCCUAAAGCUGAUUUAGUUAGAAUUUGGUCGGUCGUUGUAUGCAUUUUUGGACUGACUGACAAAUACAUUAAAACCACGCUCCAAAGUUGAAGCUAGCAUUUUAUGUUUUAUUUUGUAUCAUGACAACUUUAACAAGGCAAGACCUCAAUUUUGGACAAGUGGUUGCUGACAUUUUGUGUGAGUUCCUGGAAGUUGCCAUUCACCUCAUCCUUUAUGUCCGCGAAGUCUAUCCCUCUGGAAUAUUUCAGAAGAGAAAGAAGUACAAUGUACCUGUGCAGAUGUCAUGUCACCCUGAGCUGAAUCAGUACAUUCAAGAUACACUUCACUGUAUAAAGCCGCUUAUUGAGAAGAAUGAUGCUGAGAAGGUGGUUGUCGUCAUUAUGGACAAGGAACAUCAUCCAGUGGAGAGAUUUGUGUUUGAGAUAUCUCAACCACCACUGCUUUCGAUCAGCUCGGACACAUUACUCUCUCACGUGGAGCAGCUGCUGAGGGCAUUUAUUUUAAAGAUUAGUGUGUGUGAUGCUGUUUUAAAAAAUAAUCCACCAGAGUGUUCAUUCACAGUGUUAGUUCAUACAAGAAAUUCUGCGACGCGCAACAUGGAAAAGGUUCAAGUCAUCAAGGAUUUCCCCUGGAUAGUUGCUGAUGAGCAGGAGGUUCACAUGCAGGAGCCCAGACUCAUCCCAUUGAAGACCUUGACAUCUGACAUAGUGAAGAUGCAGCUCUAUGUGGAGGAGAUAGCCCAGAAGACGUAGAAAUGAGCGGCACACAAGGUCAAAAUCAAUAUAGAGAUUUCUGGAAGGAAAUGUCAUUAUAGUGUUUCCAAACCUUUAUUGAACCAAGGCACACAAUCUACAUUAAAUUUUUUUUUUUUUUUAACUCAGCACACUAUCAAACAAAAGGUUCAGCAUUGACACUGAAUGUAUGAUCUUGUUUUAAAUUAACUCCCAAAUUAUCCUGUGUGAAAUGUCUUAUCCAAAAAGCUGAAAUAUUGAUGUAAAGAGAAGUUAAUUGUCUGCCGAUAACUAAUGUCUGUAGCAUUGAUAGAUGUACAUGUAUAUUGUAUAUAUCUGUAAUUAAUCAUUUUCAGACAAAUUAAGUGAAACAGUAUACUUACACUUAACUAUCAUUGUAUGAGGUCACCAGUGUGCUUUACCAUGGACUACAUUAUUAGAAGGAUAACAUUUUCAACACUCGUGUUUUUAAUUAUAUUGUCAUUGUUCAAUUAAAUUUUCUGAAGCCAGAGUUGCACAAGAUUCAGUCCGAAUAGGUUAACUGUCAAUCUUUACAAUUCAGAAAUCAGGGGCAAACUGUUUCUUUAUCAAAAAAGCAUCCUAAUGCCAGCAUUAUUUAUUCAUUAUUUAAUUGUUUUUUUUUUUCGUGAACAAUAAAAGUAAAAAUGUUAAGAGAAAAAAAAAAUCACCCAAAAGGCUUUUUCAUCCUCGCAAGCUCCAUCAGCAUUUAUGGAUGUAGUAUCCUGUGAUGUAUCCUAUGAUGUAGACAGAAACUAAUGCAGCCAAAACUCCGGUUGUCUUCACUAUGACUCCUGUGUUGCCGCUGCACAUUCGAUCGUAGAGCCUGAACACAACACAUAGCAGAACAUUCCAUAACACAUACAGUGCUGUGAAUUCAUAUUCAACCAAUGUUGAUUCUGUGAUGCAGGUCCAAUUGCAGUGGUGGUUACAAACCUUCUCUGCCAACCAGGUUAUAAAAAUAUAUUAAAUAAUAUAUAAAUCCUGAAUAGUUCAAACUCAAAAAAACAUAAUAUUACUCAGGUUUAUAAAAGAAACGAAAAUAGUCAAAAGAUAAGGGGGAGGGACGCUUAAAAAAUGCUGGUGCUCUUUGUAGGGUGAUUUCGCUGUUAAUGAUGAUAUUUUCUCUAUUAAAGUAAGCAAUGCUGAUACCUUCUCAAGAAAUGCCUUGUUUACAAAUGUAACUCCCAAAAUAGCCAGAUCGUGCACCCAUACUGAUAAUGAGUAUUGGAUCGGGCCACUGUGGGGCAGUAUAUAGCCGUACAGAUGCAAAAGAUGUAUUUUACAGCUGUGUGACUCAGUAAAUUGCAGUAACAUUGAGUAGUUUUCAACAUUAAAAUGGUGGCUAUCCAGUAAUGAGAUUAUUUUAAAUGCACAAACAUUAGUUAUUUUUAAUACAAUUCGAUUAAUGUAAUUCUAGUUUAACAGUAAACCCCAAAGAGUGUGAGUCUGGAUACUUAAUGCUAACGUCCUUUAUUACCGUUGUCCUCUUUAAAGCUAAAAGAAAAAGAAAAACAUUAAGAGAGCUAAUGAUUUGAUGCUGGCAGGACAUUAAAUGAGGCGAUAACUUUGAUAUAGAAUUUUGAGGAAGAUGUAGCAUGACAACAACAAGGUACCACUGGAAUGUACUCACCUUGUUGUAGUGGACCCCUCCACAUUCAUGUUAAUGUUGUCCUCAUUCCAGCGAUUGUAUUGCACACUGCCACUUCUAUCACCGUUUGCAUCCAUGAGGAAGGACUCACUUUCACCACAGUCAGUCUUUAAUGCCUGUGCACAAGAAGUUGCGACAGUGAUCGAAAUCAAUUAAAAUCAUAUUUAUUAUCCUGCAUGUGUGCAACUUACCUCUCGGAUUUUAAAGCCUCUCCAAUGAAAAUAUGAGUGGAAUUGCCACAGAACUCAGUCCUUAGUUCAUAAUGUUUUCUGGGCUCAGCCUGCUAUAAAUUCCUAUGUUGUUAUCAAGUGU